UCUUGCAGACGGACAUGAGUCCUACUUUGAAGACCUGUGUUCCUGCACUUGCUGCACUGCUUGCUCUGACGGCUCUCGCCUCGGCCAGCAAGCCUGUCCCGCCUAGCUUCCCGCGCCAGUUCUCAUCGUCACUUGUGAUGAUGGCUGGCAGCACCGGGGGCGUGGGCAACUUGCACUGGGAUAUGGACACGCUGCAGAUCCGGCUGGAUUUUUCAACGACGGCGUUAACCAUGUCGCACAUUGCCAACUAUACUUCGGACGGCACGACCAUGGGCAUGGAGAUGGUGAUGGUUUCCUCGCCAGAGACUGGCAACAACAUCGUGUGCAACUCGCAGCCGGCCGACGGUGCGCUGGUGAAGUCCCCGCUGGCGGAUGCCAAGCUUAUCGGCGUUGCCUCGUGGUACGGGCAGGACACGUACGAGUGGUUUUUCUCGGAGGAGGACGUCGCGACAACGGUGUAUACCUCGGUGGACAACGCGCAGAUCCUCGGCAUCUCGUCGUACAACUUGACGGCAAACGAGAACAUCAGCCGCAUCUCGUUCCUCUUCCAGACUGACACCGUGGCGCCGGGCACCUUUAUCGCACCGACGACGUGCUACUCGGUCAGCGAAGGUGCCGAGCUCGGCCUCGCCGGCGAUGCGGCGGCUGCCAAGUCGAAGAGCGCGUCCGUGACCCGGGCGGUCUCGUCGCUUCUCGCGUAUGUCCUCUGAAAUGUCCGAGUGUUGAAACAGCCCACCAUAGCUACCUGGCGACUGCAUAUAUGUAGUCGCCAGGUAGCAGUGGCAUGCUGUUGUUAGUGUCUUGAAAGCUUAAACAAGGCGAUUUUGGA